AUGCGCCUCCUUGCUGCCCUCAACUCACCCUCUGCGCCGUCACUCAAUACGAGCAUGAUGACAUGUCAUAUGACUCAAUAUGACAGACUGCACUUGGCUGCCUCAGUCGAAGCGGCUGCAUUCCUCGGUAGACCCUCGCUGUUCGACUUGAUGGCCAUUAUUGUUGAGCUAAUGGAACGCCUAUCACCAGCGGCAAUUGUGAUCUUUUUCGUCGGGAUCACGUUCAUCAGGGGUUUCACCGACCCCAUCAUGCCACGACUUCCUCCCCGCACUCCCUGUUCACGUCGCCGAGUGCCUCCUCUAUACGGUGCCACCCACAAUCACAUUCAGAUUAAAGGACAGCUUGCCCACAACAGCGACAAAGGUGGUCAAACGACGCACAAGCUGAUGCUUCUGCGCGAAGACUGA